AUGUAUUCAACACUCAACCUCUCCACUUCUAACCACUCCGACCUGUCAGGUGUUGACCCUCAGACACUGCAGGAGCUGACUCAUCGCUCCAUCAAAGUAAGCAUAAUAAUAGUUUUGGGCGUGAUGAUCACUUUGGGAAAUAUUGCAGUUCUCCUGGUUAUUACUUCCUCCGUGGCUGGUUGGUCGAGAAACUCUCGGUACUUUCUCCUCUCUCUCACUGCUGCAGACUCUGCGUUUGGACUGCUGGUCAUGCCCUUGAAUCUCUGGGUGAGUCUUUUUAAGGACUACACCGAAGGGCCAGAUGCUCUUUGUCAUGUCGUGGCCUUUUGCAACGCCACCGUUUACUCCACCUGCAUGUAUACACUGGCCACGAUAAGCCUGGAGAGGUACAUUGCGGUGUUUUACCCACUGCAAUACUCCUCUCUGAUGACAAGGAAAAGGACACUGCUCCUGAUUGCCUUCGCCUGGUGCUUCCCUCUCUUCCUACUGUCGCCUGUAUCAUUUCCAGACGGGAUCAUCGAUGUUCAUUUUUCUACCGCAUCACUGGUCUGCAAUCCAUCCUACUCCACAAAUGUUGGAUACUCCCUAAGCUUGACAUCUUUUAUAUUUUUCCCCUGCUCCAUCAUCAUGACAUAUGCAAACCUGAGAGUGUGGUGCGCUGCCAAGAGGCAGAGGUUGAAGCUGCGCAAGUACGAAUGUGCGCGUCGCAGCAGGCACAAUGUGGCAUCCAGGGUUCUUGUGCCUGUGAUGGCAGCCUACUACACCUGUUGGACCCCCUGCAUGGCGGCUAUGAUCUACAAUGCUGUCUCAGGUAGCAGUGUACCAGAGUGGAUGGAGUUUGUGGUGGUGUGGCUGCCAACCUCCAACGGUUUCCUCAACUGCAUCUUCUACUUCUGGAUAAACCGAAGCUUCCGCAGGAAAUUCUACCUCGUCGUCCAGAGGCUGGCUCUGGCCCUCUGCCCCCAACUGGCUGACACCCUUGGGUGCUGCAGCACUUCAAAUACACAGUUUGUGUCAGGAGUUCUGGAUAAUAACAACAGCGUCCAUGAGCGUUCCUCCAGUGUAUCCUCCACCUGCACCCUGUUAAGCUUGGCUUAGGAUCUCUGCACCUGAAGAGCGCUUGUAGUGUGGCAAGGAUGAGGUCAGUGACGUCUGUGCUGUCUUGUAUGGAGUGGCUGGGCUGGUUAACUGAAGCCAAGUUACUGACAUAUCUCUACAUAAGGUACCAAGGGUAAAGAUUAGAGCAAUGGGUCACAUGGGUUACAAUGCAAAUGGGUUGAUAACAAGAUGGUCUAUGAUGGCAAAUAUUUGAAAUAACCACUGUACAGACUACAUCAUUAUAAUUUGAGUUAUAUUGAUUGUUGUAUAUUCUUUUUAUUUUUUUUUAAUAACACUUCAGUCUGAAAUAGUGUUCAGUUGACUAGAACAUAGGCUCAAUUAUUUUGAUUUUUUGUUUUAUGCAAACAAUAUUUGAUUUACUGUCAAAGACGGCCUCUUAAACCACCUUUUAGUUGUUUUAUAGUUAGCCAUCAACCUUAUCUGUGCCCAUUAUUCCAUUAUUCUGUGUACAGUUAUAUAAUCCAUUUUUUAAUAGUGUCAACUAUUGCAGUUUAGACUUGUUGCUUAGAGCAAUAUAUUUCACUUGAAACAUGUAAGGUUAGUCCAUUAAUACAGCACAAGAAACUGAUAUUUAGACUUCCAUUCAUAUGAGACAUUUGUGAACUAACAUCACUAUCCGAUUGCAAGCACUUUGAAGGAUUGAGGCCAUCUACCUCUUCUUCAAUUGCAUCAAAGACCUUGGCAUAUUACAGCUGGGAGAAGUUAACCUUUAAGUCACAGCAUUUCAGUGUAUGCAAGAAGAAAAGUAAUUAAGCAGCUACACUGUAGAAAGGUCACCACAUUUGUGCCGCCAAAGAGAUAACUUGGGCAACUUCUGAGGCUGUGGUUGUUUAUUUUGAGAUAUUAAGCCCAUGAUCUUCCCCUCAGUAUCUUCUACAACAGUAUGGAUUCAACUUGGCAAUGCCCAUUGCAUUUUAUUCUGAAUACAGUUAACUGUCAUGGUGAAUUAUAGAUAACGUUAAAAAAGAAUCUGAAAUUCACAAAACAUUUUUAUGCAACUUAUUUUAG